AUGACACAUUCGACCGAUCAGAAUAUUAUUUCUGCGAAUUUGCUAAUUCAUGAGACCGCUCAACGACCGGGAGAACAACAUCAUGAUACGAACGAUCAUCUUGAUGUUCGAGCCAAUUUGUUAGUUCCUCGGAGUAAUGAUCAAGCAGUAGAUCGUCAUGAAGAGGGUACCCAUAUGUCAGAGACGAUCGAUCAGCCCAAUGUUGCUGCCAAGUUGUUAAUACCUCAGAGUGCUGAACCAGAAGCAGAUAAUCAUCAAGAGUCUAUUGCUAGCAAUGUAUAUCAUAGUCCUAAUGGCACAAAGUAUUGGACACCAAAUGUUCCUCCUGAUUUAAAACCGUAUGAAGGAGCUAGAUUCCGAACUAUUGAUGAAGCAGUUGGUAUGUAUGAGCAUUAUGCAGAGAGGGCUGGUUUUUCGACCCGUUUGGGUACGUCAAAGAGAGAUAAAGCUAAAGGAGUAUUCAAACUCCGGAGAGUAAAAAGAUCUACGGAUUAUGUGGUUUACAAAUUUGUUGAACAACACAACCAUUGUCUAACAGCACCUGAGAACUUAGAUUUAUCACGCAAGAAAAGGAAGCUAGACUUUGCGGCUAAACAGUUUAUUACUGAUUGUCGCAAUGCUAACAUUGGUCCGACGAAAGCACACAAUAUAUACGUUGUUUUAAAGGGAGGUCACCAAAAUGUUCGUGGAACGACUAACGAGUUUAAGAACUUUGGAAGAGAUAUCCGAGAAUUCAUUGGCGACAGAGAUGCACAAAUGGUCGUUGACAAAUUCAAUGAACGUGUGGAAAACAAGCAAAAUUACACGUUUAAUACACAUAUUGUUGAAAAGGAACUUCAGUUGAUGUUUUGGUGUGAUGGAGUUUCAAAAACAAAUUAUCAGGCUUUUGGCGAUGUAGUGGCAUUCGAUGCAACGUACGAUAUGAUAUUUGUCCCCUUUACCGGGGUUGAUCAUCAUAAGAAGUGUACAAUAUUCGGGGCUGGAUCGAUUCACAAUGAAACCAUCGAGUCAUACUCAUGGCUUUUACAAAAGUUUUUAGAAGCGCACGGUGGAAAACAACCUCUUAUCAUAUUAACCGAUCAAGAUUGCGCCAUGAAGCAAGCCGUGAACAAUGUUUUUGAUAAGUCUGUACACAGACUAUGUAUGUGGCACAUCACCAACAAAAUUCCAGCUAAGAUAAAGGGCAGUGAUGAAACGAAUGCUGAGUUAAAGAAACAGAUCCACAAACUAGUGUGGAAUGUUUACGUAGAACCCCACAGGUUUGAAAAGAGAUGGAAUUUACUCAUGACUGAGUAUGGUUUGGAAGAUCAUGCUUGGAUGAAUGAAAUGUACGCUAUAAGGGAACAGUGGAUUCCAUGUUAUUUUCGUGAUAUACCUAUGUGUUGCCUUAUGAAGACCACUUCUCGAUGCGAAAGUGCUAAUCAUAUGUUUAAAGCAAAUUCUAGUCCCCAUAAUACGUUGGUGCAGUUCAUGCUUUGCUAUGAUACAUCGGUGGACAAGAUACGUAACAAACAACGUAAACUGUCUUAUGAGACAGAUACAACCAAUCACGAGCGAUACAAAACAUCGUUUCCGAUAGAGCGUCAUGCCAAUGAAGUAUAUACACGCAUGUUAUUUUGGGAAGUUCAAAAGGAGAUUGACAAGUCUAACAGUUUGUGUUAUGUUGCCGAAAGAGGAAUGGUUGAUGGAGUUAAUACGUAUCUUGUUGCUCAUCAAGAUCACACCAAAGAAAUUGUGAAUGAGUUUAAGGUAACUUUCAACAAAAGUGAUCUUACAGUUUCAUGUGUAUGCAUGGGUUUUACCCGGGUUGGAGAUAUGGUGCAUGGCAAUAUUGAGAAAUUACAAGAGUCAAGUGACCAGAUUCAAGCUAUUAAAGAUAAGCUUUUCAGCGAGAUACCGUACGAUCAUUCAAUCAAUAAAAAGGAUGUUGUGAUAGAGGAUGUAAUUUUUCAUAAACAACCGGCUGAGGUUUCUUGCACGGCCCCGCGGAAAAUAUGCAACAAAGGAUGUGGAAAGCAUAAACGAACAGUUGGUCCCGGUGAGAAAGCAAUCAAGAUUAGUAAAAAACGGAGAAGGAAAUGCAAUUUCUGCGAAAAACACGUAAGGGGCCAUGAUAAGAGGAACUGCCCGCUAAAAAAGGGGGAGCCGGUUAAGGAUGACUCGUCAACCGACGGAGAAGAUGAUAUAUACGAAGAUGAAGAAACCGAAGAAUCUGGCUCUGAGGAUUCUGGUAGUGAAGAAUAG